UUGGGACGUUUUGACUACAAGCUGAUACCCACUACCAGAUGCAAAGGCAAGCAGUUGUUGAUGCAUAAGGGAUUCACGUAUUACCAGCACAUGUUCACUCGAUUCUUUUACUGUUCGAAGCGAAAGACCGGAUGUCUCGCACGCAUCAAGCUCGACUCUGACGGUAGUAUAAUCUUCGCCGACCGUAACCACAUCCACGGCGCGCCUAACUACAUGAAGUUACCAUCGGGAGAUUACGUUAAAUUAUGA